UUUUUUCACAUUCCUAGUGAUAAUAUCGGCUUACUUUGCUUUUCUUUGUUGUCUGUGUCAAUUCCAACAAAAACACUUCUUUUCUAUUAAAAAUGUGGUCCUAUAUUAUUUUUCAUAACUAAUUAAUGAACUGUUAAUAUUAUUGGAACAACAGUUCCCGUGUGUGCAGUGAUAAAUGCUGUAUCGAAACAUAACCUAAAUAAUCAAUUGAAAAAUGGAACCACCCAAUGCAGGGUCUCCGAACCUGAUUACCUCAGCACCUCUUUUGCCCCCACCCAUGAUGGGUGGUAUGCCACCAUCUUUACCCCAAGGAGUGGCAAUGCCUCCAGUGCCUGGGCUACCACCGAAUUUGGCCACACUGCCACCACCUAUGGGCUUCCCUCCAAUGUUGCCACCGUUUUCAAUGCCACCUCCAGGAUUUCCAUCAUUUAAACCACCGGACUUGAACGCGCCAGCUCCUGAUGUUGCUCCGACUGCUAACCAAAGCAGCCCCUGGUCAGAACACAAAGCUCCUGAUGGACGUAUUUAUUAUUACAACUCCGUCACUAAACAGAGCCUUUGGGAGAAACCUGAUGAUUUGAAGACACCAGCCGAGAAACUGUUAUCUUCAUGUGUGUGGAAGGAGUACACAACAGAUGCAGGACGAGUGUACUAUCACAAUAUUGAAACAAAGGAGUCUAGUUGGGUGAUACCCAAAGAGCUGCAAGAAAUCAAAGAUAAAAUAGCAGCAGAAGAAGCUGCACAGUCUAUGAUCGCCGACGUCCCUCCGCCGGGGGAAGUUCCCCUUCCGGGAUCCCCCGCCGUGGGGUCCGGGGGAAGUUCAGCACUGGAUGAGGCGAUGGCUAAAACCCUGGCGGCCAUUGACCCCACUCUAGCCAAUUCUAUUCCUAUACCUGAAGAAAUAAAACCAGAAGAAAUUACGGCCCCUCCCCAAAUAGCGGGAGGUGACGACGCAGAGAAGGCGCCCGAAACGCAGUAUAAAGACAAGAAAGAAGCCAUUGAAGCUUUCAAGGAACUACUGAAAGACAGGAAUGUACCAUCGAAUGCGACUUGGGAGCAAUGUGUCAAGAUAAUAUCUAAAGAUCCCCGCUAUGCCACUUUCAAGAAACUCAAUGAAAAGAAGCAGGCCUUCAAUGCUUAUAAAACACAGAAAUUGAAAGACGAGAGAGAAGAACAAAGGCUGAAAACAAAAAAGAACCGUGAAAAUUUAGAAGAAUUUUUGUUGAGUUGCGACCGUGUGACGUCCAUUACAAAAUACUACAAAUGCGAAGAAAUGUUUAGCAAUCUCGAGAUAUGGCGAUGCGUCCCUGAAUCGGAUCGUAGGGAUAUAUUCGAGGACUGCAUCUUCACGAUCACCAAGCGGGAGAAAGAGGAGGCUAAGGCGUUGAAAAAACGGAACAUGAAAAUGUUAGCGCAGGUACUAGAGAAUAUGAGUGAAAUUACAUACAGCAGUACAUGGAGCGAGGCGCAGGUUUUACUAUUAGAGAAUUCUGCGUUCAAAAACGACGUAAGCCUGUUGGGUAUGGACAAAGAGGACGCGUUAAUCGUGUUCGAACAACACAUCAAGAAUUUGGAAACAGAAUAUUUGCAGGAGCGAGAACAGAUUAAAAAGAAGAAUAAGCGUUUGCAACGAAAGAAUAGGGACAACUUUUUGGCUCUACUCGAUAGUCUUCACGAAGAAGGCAAACUGACAUCAAUGUCCUUGUGGGUGGAAUUAUAUCCUGUGAUUUCGGCCGACACGAGGUUUUCUGCUAUGCUCGGUCAAAGCGGAUCCACGCCUCUGGACUUGUUCAAGUUUUACGUUGAGAAUCUGAAGGCUCGCUUCCACGACGAGAAGAAGGUCAUCAAGGAGAUAUUGAGGGAGAAGGAGUUUGAAGUACGACCUGACACCACCUUCGAGGAGUUCGCCACCGUGGUCUGCGAGGACAGCAAGUCUGCCUCGCUGGACGCCGGCAACGUCAAGCUGACUUAUAAUUCUCUGCUGGAGAAGGCGGAAACAAAGAAUAAGGAGAAACUGAAAGAAGAAUCGAAGGCUCAGAAGAAAGUGGAGAGCGCUUUCAAAUGGGCGCUGAGUGACGCCAACAUCGACCACCAGUUGUCGUGGAGCGAGGUGAAGGAGAAGCUGGAUCUCACCGCGCCGGAGUUCGAGGCGGUGCCCAAUGAGGAAGACCGCAUCAGAAUAUACAAGGACUUCCAACACGAGCAAGAGGAGAGUUGCAUGCACUACCACCAUCCGAAGCCACGGAAGUCGAAGCGCUCCAAGAAGAAGAAGCGGUCACACUCCGCCUCAUUGUCGCGAUCUCGCUCGCCGUCGCCGGUGUCCCGGUCGGCGACGCCGCAGUCGUGGUCGUCGGAGGACCGCAAGCACAAGAAGGCCAAGAAGAAACAUCGCAAACACGAGCCAGCGCCGAAAUCUCCGACGCCAGAAGAAGGUGGUAUAACAGACGACUCGCCCGAGCCGGUGCGCCACAAGAGUAAGAAAUCUAAGAGGAGUGCGCCUAGCAGCCCCGACAAUGACACUGGCGACUCACACAAACCCAAGAAGAAGAAGGACAAGAAGGAAAAGAAAGAAAAAGAAAGGUCUACAGCGUGGUCGGACGCCGAGCUGGAGUCCCGGCGCGCCGCCCUGCUGGCGCAGCUCCACGAGCACGAGGCCGACUGACGCUGCGUCACCCACGUGCGCAUCUUCAACGACUACCCGCGGCUGCACUCACCGGCUAAAUCUCCUCCGUCCCCUCCUCUGGAUACCGCUUCGGUGAACUCCUCGCCGGUGUCGGAGGCCAAAAGUGAUUCUAAUAGCCAGAAUAAAUCGGAUUAAGUGCAUCAGUUCUUUCAAGUCCCGGUGAGUCGCUCUACGAGACUGAAUGGUGUGACGUCACGUGCGCAUGUUUAACAAGUACCCGCGUGGAGGGGUUUAUUGCCAGGGAUGUUUACUCGCUUGACUCUCCGCCCGUAUCGGAGGGUUUAAAUUAUUCCAUAAGCCAGAAAUCGGAUUAAGUGUAUCAACUAUUGUCAGUCCCGGCGUGUCUAUCUUCAAGAAUGAAUGAUGAAUGAUCUCCUGCGCAUCUUCAACGGCUACCCACGUCUACUGGUUAAAUGUCCACUAAAAACCACUUCCGUAAACUCAUCGCCGGUAUCGGAGGGCAAAAGUGAUUAAUUAAGUACAUUUUAAAAACUCUCAUCUGUGUACAUGAGGCGCUUCGAUACUUGUCUUUAUAUAGUGACAUAACUAUUACCAAAAGUGAUUUCGCCUUACGUUAAGCACUAUACUAAAUUUUUGUAUAUGUAAGAAGAUUCUAAUAAAAUGGUGAGAAUUCCUUUGUCUUGGUUAAUAUAUUUCGAGUCUUUCAUGUCAGCUUUAUAACACUGUGUAUAUAUGAAGUAUAUUCGCAUAUAUAGGCAAUAUCUGAAGUGUAAUUUAAGAUGUGUAGCAUAGUAUACUGUUGUACUUUUAAUAACUACUAAACACUAAAGAUAAAUAAUACUUGGAUUAUCUGUCUCAAAACAGUAGUUUGAUUUUGUAGUUGGAGAGUGACGUGAGAAAUAUUAUCUUGUGUAAAUGAGAAAGACUUUGAAUCACAUCGUCCUAAGUUUGUUUAUUGUCAUCUUUCUAUGAUGACUCUGCCUCUAUGUUAAUUUUGUAUUUAGUGAUUUUAAGUGAUAUGUUCGUAUAUAAGUGCUAGAUAUUAUAUCUCUUCAUAGCAACUGUUUUGGUUAGUAUAGAAUAUGCAACUUGUUUCAUAAGAAGCAAGGGUAUGACCCUUGAGAUAAUUAAUAGAACUAUGAAUGUUUAGAUAAUUUGGAUAAAUUCGCUUACUUAAUACAUAUUAGUAGCAAUUGACUGUAGUUUCUUAUUGCAUUAAUUUUAAGAAUCUUAAUUAUUACACAAUAUAUAGCUGUAAGUAAUAAAAGGACUACCAUCAAUG